GAUCCCAGGGUCCUGGACAGCAUGCUCCCGUACCUCACAGCCUACUACGGCAACCCCCACUCCCGGACCCACGCCUACGGACAUGAGUGUGCUGCUGCAAUGGAAUUUGUAUUUCUUUUUAAACAGCAAGUUGCGGAUUUAAUAGGAGCCGAUUCAAGGGAAAUUAUCUUUACCAGUGGUGCAACAGAAUCAAAUAAUAUGGCGAUCAAGGGUGUUGCAAGGUUCUAUAAAUCCAGAAAAAAGCAUGUCAUUACGACGCAAACAGAGCACAAGUGUGUGUUGGAUUCUUGCCGUUCCCUGGAAGCAGAAGGUUUUCGGGUCACUUAUCUACCUGUUAAAAAAAAUGGGCUCGUAGAUUUGAAGGAGUUGGAGGCUGCGUUCCAGCCAGAUACAAGUUUGGUUUCUGUGAUGACUGUAAAUAAUGAAAUAGGAGUGAAGCAGCCAAUCCAUGACAUUGGUGAGAUGUGCCGGGCACAUAAAGUUUUCUUCCACACGGAUGCUGCGCAAGCAGUUGGUAAAAUUCCCAUGGAUGUCAACGACAUGAAAAUUGAUCUGAUGAGCAUCAGUGGCCAUAAAAUUUAUGGGCCCAAAGGGGUCGGCGCUAUCUAUGUUCGCCGUCGACCGCGCGUCCGGCUAGAACCCCUGCAAAGUGGGGGAGGCCAGGAGAGGGGACUGCGCUCUGGGACGGUGCCCACUCCCUUAGCAGUGGGCCUGGGGGCAGCGUGUGAAGUGGCACGGCAAGAGAUGGAGUAUGACCACAAGCGAAUCUCACAGCUGGCGGAACGGCUGGUUACAAAAAUAAUGAGCGAAGUCCCUGAUGUGGUUAUGAACGGAGACAGAGAUCAGCGCUAUCCAGGAUGCAUCAAUUUAUCUUUCGCAUACGUGGAAGGGGAGAGUCUUCUGAUGGCUCUGAAAGACGUGGCUCUGUCUUCAGGAAGUGCUUGCACAUCAGCUUCUCUGGAGCCCUCCUACGUUUUGCGGGCAAUUGGAGCAGAUGAAGACUUGGCUCACUCAUCUAUAAGAUUUGGCAUUGGGCGUUUCACUACGGAAGAAGAAGUGGAUUAUACCGUGCAAAAGUGCAUACAGCACGUUAAGAGGCUGAGGGAAAUGAGCCCCCUCUGGGAAAUGGUGCAGGAUGGAGUUGACCUCAAAAGCAUUAAAUGGACUCAGCAUUGAGAAAACGUCGCUCCCUGUGGACUACGUGUGGCUGUGGAUUAAAAUGCAUUUUCAGUACAUUCCUGAACAAAUUAUGCGGCACUUCUGGUUUUGACGCUUGCAGUUCAGCUGGGAAACUGCCCUUUCUAAUCACAAAGUCUUAAGAAGUCAAAAAUGAAACUAGUCUGUACCCUGGAGCAAGGCAAGGUG